AUGCCCGAGGAGGCGGAAAUGGUUUAUACAAGGCUUCGGGCGAAAUGGGGUCUCGCAGCGAGUGCACCUUCACCGGUGUCGCCCGAGUCUCUGGCAAACAUGGCCCAGCAAAUUGUGUCACAGCCAGUGCCUGACUUGAUGGCGAUCAAUGUUCAAAGGCAACAGCAGUCGCAAGCUCAGCGUGGGACUUCAAUGUCACAGUAUGCAGGCGGAUAUUCCGCGCCCAUGGCUGCCUCACCCACAGAGGCGAUUGACUCCAGACGAACAUCCGGAACACCGUCCAUGCCACCACAGUCCACAGCCGACCUUUCUCGAGACUCUCGUCGUAUUCGGGCUUCAACUUACCUUACCAAAGCACAACAAGAUGCAUGGAAUGCACACCAAGCUCGAAUCGCAGCCAACGCAGCUGCGACAUCCUCUAACCAAGCAGGGACUGCUGGCGACCAGAAUGCCGCCAGAUUGUUUGGUGGAGUUGAAAGUCUGAUUGAGGAGACACAAGACUGGUUCUUUAAGGAUCAGAACCAAUUGGCUGUGGGUUUCGAAAACUGGGGGUCUGAGCCGCCAGAUUGGGGAACCCUAGAUCUGAGCUUCUUUGACACACCAGAAACGGGCAGCAGUACAAACGCAAAUACGAAUGGUAACUCACCGUCCUACAAUGGACUGCAGUACUCGUAUGAUUCGGGUGGAGGAGACGGAGGAACCAACCCGGGCGUCGUGACAAGCCAGGCCGGAUACGGAUUUGGACUUACCGGAGACAGGUAUCCAACCACUACCGACACGGAUAUUGAUGGCUUUCCCACGAACGGAACGAAUGGAAUGAACGGUUUAAUGGGACCAGGCAUGAGCUUACAGUUAGGAAUGAAUAUGGAUACGAGCGGGAACGGUUCAUUGGCGACUGGCAUGGGACUGGGUAUGGGCGGGCCUGGAGCUUCUAAACGCUCUUCUCAGAUUCAAGGAUUUGAUGAUGAGGCAUAUUAUUGA